AUGGCGUCCCAGGGCGGUCCCCUCAGCAGCGGCGAAGGCAACGGCGAUGACAUCUCCCUGGCUGUCCUGGUUUUGCUCCUACUCCUUCAGCCCGGGCUUAGCCAAGGCCAGGCGGGAAGGGAACGGGCACAGGGCUGGUCAGCGCGGCGCUCCCCUCCCCUUACGCCCUCAGGCAGCGACCUCGAGGACCAGAAUAGUCCAGCAUCAGUCGGAGUUCUGCCGGCCUGGGCUUCUGGAUCGGAAUGUGGCCAUCGGAAUAUGCGGAUAGUUGGUGGAAUGCCAGCUGCAGAGAAAAAGUGGCCCUGGCAGGUGAGCCUGCAAACUGAUGGUCAUCAUAUAUGUGGAGGCUCCCUCAUCAACCAUUGGUGGGUGCUGACAGCGGCCCACUGCAUAUUUGGACAUUUUGAAUACGUGGCGAAGAUGGGAGAUGUACACUUGCAUCAUGAAUCAAGAAUGGCAGUCAUAGUCCCAGUUCGGGAUAUUAUUAUCCAUAGAGAUUAUGAUAGUGUUGGAAGAAUCGUAAACGAUAUUGCCCUCGCUCUGCUCGAGUUUCCUGUGAAUUACUCCUCCCACAUCCAGCCCAUCUGCCUCCCUGGAAAGGACUUCCUGGUGCAAACUAACACAGCUUGCUGGGUGACCGGAUGGGGCAAACUAAAACCCAUUGAUGACCCGAAGGUGGUACCUGUUCUUCUUCAGGAAGCUGAGCUAAACAUUAUUCGAGACAAGGAAUGUAAUAAGAUUAUCAAGAAAAAGUUGAAAACUGCUUUGAAUUUGGUUGAAGAAGGGGCUAUCUGUGGCUAUAGUGACCAAGGAAAGGAUUCCUGCCAGGGAGAUUCUGGGGGACCCCUGGUCUGUGAAUUUAACCACACCUGGAUGCAGGUUGGGAUCGUGAGCUGGGGCAUUGGAUGUGGUCAAAAAGGAGUUCCUGGAGUUUAUACAGAAAUUAGUUUCUAUAAGGACUGGCUCAUCCGUCAGUUGAACCAAGCUUCCUCUCUGAACCCAGCAGCCUUUCUCCUGCUCCUGCUGCUCCUGGUGCCGGCCCUGGGAUCUUGGUGA